GGCGCGGCCUCCAUUACAUGCAUCCACCUAGUCGCGUGUGUUUUCCCGCCAAGUUGCGGCGAGGCGUGCAGAUUUUUAGGCGCCAAGAGAUUACUUCCAAGGAGAUUAUUUGUUAUUUCAUCCUCUAGUGAAUAGCCGGUCUAUAUCCUUUCAAUUGUGCGUGAUUUUCUCUAGAAAUUAGAAAAGCACCGACCGUAAAGCGCGCCGGGAUCCGCGAACUGGGAUGUGCCGUGAAUGUUGUUUCUAGACACAUUGAACUUCUCGCGAAUAUAAUACCGAUUUGCGGCAGACUUUUUGGAUCUUAUGGCUGAUCCCGAAUAGCCGUCAAAAUGUUACGUGUUCAGACGGUAUCAGCAGCUGUGCAUUGCUCUGAGACACCGAAAUCGUCUUCGAGUCACUCCGGUUUGGUUAAUAUCACGGAUUCUUGGACUUCCGAUCAUACGCCGCUGAAGCGUCGAAAAUCACAGCAAAGAUGUAACAGUCCGACCAAGGACGUGACCAGUGAUUACGGAUUUAGCAGUUCCGAGAUAACUCUGACUCUGGUACCAUCUGAUGCCAAUGGGUACAAACGUCAUCGUCGGGACAGCGAGAAAAAUGUUGAUUCCGGUGUAACCCUCCGAUACAAGGACCCAAAAACCAUGGCUCCAACCGAAAAAGUUCUCGACAAUGUCCGACAGUACUUUGACUCGCCCAAGACUGUUGUCAGCAUGAACCAGUUGAUCAAGAAGCAACCCGAUCACGAGCCCUCCGACUCCACCGUUCUAAACGAGUGUCUGGAAAAAAUCAGCUCCGAGAUAUCAAUUUAUCCGAAGCAGGAAUGCGAGAAGUCACCUCAAGCUGCUGCUGGUCCCUCAAUAUGCUGCAAAUCACCCAGCUCCAAGGACAACUCGCAAACAGUGAUCAAAGUUUCACCGGAAGUUGAACUCAUCACUUCGCCCAAGUCAAAUCAGAAAUUGUGUCGAAAAUCAAGUUUGGAGGUUUCGCCAAACGCCGUACCUGAACCUAAUAAUACUAAACCGCUCGUCGUGAAAAGUCCCGACCUGAACUGCAACAGCACAAGUCCGCGUCUGGGCAAGGAACGCUUUGGACUGCGAAUGAACAAGGCAAUUCAGUCUCUGCAGAGUAAUAGAAAAUCGUUGGAAUCGGUAUUUACACCGAUAAAAAAAGUCGUUGAUCCAAUGUACACGCCCGUAAAGAAGAGUCUGGAAGCGCCCUAUACGCCAACAAGUUGUUCUCGAGUUCUUCGAAAAGGCGCCCUCGAGGACAAUGGAUUUGUGGCGCCACAAUCGCGCGAACGACUCGACAGCAUAGAUCAGUGGCCUGAUAUUUAUGAGAAUGAUGUGAAUAUGCAUGAUGUCUCGUCAUCGAUGUCAAUUCCUGAUCAGAUGUAUAAUUUUGAGGACGAGUUUCAACUCGAUCGGCCACACUAUGUCCUGGGCUUUCCAAAUCCACCGGGUGAAAAUAGAUGCUGGGUGAAUGCCUCGGUGCAUGCACUGUUUGCCCUGCCAUUUACAGACAGUCUUGACACGAUGAAUCUGCCGGAGUGUUCGCAGAUUACAAAAACAAUGAUUACGAUACAGAGUCUCUGGAGAAAGAAGGCGGAGAAACACAAGAUUUAUACUCUUAUGAGGCGAUUCAAAGAGGAUUUGGCAGUCAUUGAUGACACUUAUCCAACCGAGCGACAGCAGGAUGUGUCCGAAUUUCUCAUGAAGUUCCUCAAUCAUUUGAAGUCAGACUUUGAGAAAUUGAUGAGCGGUGAGGCGAAAAUCCAGGAGAUUGAAAAUGUCCCGGAAAAUCCGCAAGAUCACCGAAAAUCAAAGGCAGCUCUCGAGUCGAACAAGCGUCGUCCUCUGGUCGAUAUUUCCUCUGUGAAUGGGAAAUUGCGAAGGAACAGUAAUCUUGCCGAGCCGAGUUCGAGUCCCAAGUCGCAGAAUAGUUUUGAGAGGCUAGCAAACGGAACGGAAUUGGCCAAGGAAAAUUCCGUGAGCGAAGUCUCGAAAAAUCCGAUCGAUGAAUACUUUCUCUCGGAAAUGAUGGAGCAGUGCGUUUGCAAGGGUUGUGCGGACAAGCGGCACAUCAAGGUGGACAAUAUGAUGCUCUACAUUGAAUUGCUGUCGAAGCAGAAUGGGGAGGAGCCGGUUAAUUUGCAGGAGGCAAUUUUUCGAAAUUUUGCCAACGACGAGAGGACUGCGACUUGUGAGAAGUGCCAGCACGAGGUUCAAGAUGUCACAACGACUUUCAGCAAGCAUCCGAAAAUUCUUGUUGUCCAGGUCAAUCGGUACGGACCAACGGAAACGGGCAUGAGGAAAAUUUGCAAAUCUGUCGCAAUUCCAGAGAAGUUGGUUAUCAGUCCCGCUUUGAUGAGUGACGGAUCCGAAACCGACGAAAUCUACAAACCAAUUUGCGUAAUUUCUCAUGUCGGGGAUGGAAUGGAUUGCGGGCAUUACACGAGUUACAUUGAGCACGACGAUCAGUGGUACCACUACAACGACAUGAAUGUCUAUCCCAUGACAAGCUUGCAAGUUUUCGAAGCCGCCCAAACUACCGCCUAUCUGGUAUUCUUUGUCAAUGCAAAUCUCCUAGAAAAACCAAACACUGACCCUUCAAAGACGCAUUUCAAUUAAUAGUACCUACUAUAUUUAAUUUACCGAAAAUAAUUGACAAAGUAUUAGAUUCGCAAGUGCAGGGUUUUUUUUUUUUUUAUAUAUUUUUUUAAAAAUAUUUUCUUGUCCCUUUUCUCCGCGAAUUAAGUUUUCCCUUUUUCAAGCUGUGACUAGAGUUGCAAAACACGUCUUAGAAUUUACAUUAGUAUGAUAAAAAAAAAAGAUAUAUAUAUAUAGAUAAGAAAAAAAUAAAUAGGUUCAAAGACUGUUUUUGCUUUCUGAUUGUAUUAAAA